CUCUGUGGGGUAAAGGCAAAGAGGAAAUGCCAUCGCCUCAGUGCUCAAAUUUCCCUACGUAUUUAACGUUGCCGCUUCCAUGUAGCCCUCCAUUUGUAUUAUGCGGUCAAAGCACGACACGUGAAAGAACAAGCUUAUACAUUAGCUGUUCCUUCACCGGUUGAAGCCUAAAACUGCUCCCACCCGAAGUGUCUCCUCCUCCUGCCGCUGAUAUGACAGUCUUCACAGCCUCCAAAACACAGAGACGCGAAUCUGGCGUGGAUGCCUGAUAUCAUAUGCGCUGAAAAGAUGCCUGCGCUGCUUCUUCCAUGAGGUCUGUUCAAGCUUUUGACUUCAUCGUGUCUGAACAUGGGAAUACUUACACUGUGCUCGGAAAGGAUGAUGUGUUGACAUUGGCUGCCGAGAUCCCGGUGAUGUGGCCAGUUUCAGGAGUACAUGAUAUAUAGAUGAUAUAGAAUAUGCCGGAAUGUUUUUCCUAACUCAUCUGCUUUUGAGAGCUCAAAACCCCCUGGAUCGAGUACAACAUCACGGGGCACAGUGAUUUGGUUACCAUCAGACAGCAAUAUAUGGCACCUCAGCAACCUUCCAGCAUGGAGGAGCAGUCCAGGGAGCUGUGUGAACCUGAAUCUGAGGAGCUAGAGAAACAAGGACCAGGACCCCCUUCUAAUGCAAACUCUCCCGAUAGCUAUGAUGCUCCAGAUGGAGGCUGGGGAUGGGUGGUUCUGCUGGCCACCAUCAUUGUCUUAGCUCUGACUCUGGCCUUUCCCUCCUGCAUCAUCAUCUUCUAUUUGGACCUGCAGAAAGAAUUUGAGGCCACUAACAGUCAGACAUCUUGGGUGCCGUCAAUAAUGACAGCUGUUCUGCACGCUGGAGGUCCUCUGUGCAGUGUGCUGGUGGAUCGCUUUGGCUGUCGAGCGACAGUGAUGUUUGGAGGAGUACUGAGUGGUUUCGGGAUGGCGGUCAGCUCAUUCUCUCAUUCCAUAGUUGACUUAUACAUCACAGCCGGGGUCAUCACAGGUCUGGGUUUCUGCUUCAGUUUUCAGCCCGCUGUCACCAUUCUCGGCCACUACUUUGUGCGCCGUCGUCCUUUUGCCAACGCGAUGUCCUCCACGGGCACUGCUCUGGGUCUCUCCACAUUGCCUUUUUUAUGUGAUUUUCUGAAGAGUGAGCUUGGCUGGAGAGGAAGCUUUCUGGUCCUCGGCGCUGUGCUGCUAAACUGUUGUGUUUGCGGAGCCGUCAUGAGACCAAUCAGACCUCGCAAGCCCAGAAAGACCAUUGCGAUCAACAACAGCCCCAAAACCUCAGACAAAAAGGGAUGCAUGCUGGGCAUCUGUCAAAGUUUAGCGUCAUCCCUCAGACAACAAAUGGCCUUUGACCUUUUCUGUAGUAACACAAGAUUUCGGGUGUUUUCAUUGGGCAUCACUUGGAUGAUGCUGGGAUUUGUGGUGCCACUGAUUUACCUCGUCCCGUAUGCAUCGGCUGAUGAUAUGGAGCCAAGCCGGGCUGCCUUGCUCCUCUCCAUCCUGGGAUUUGUUAACAUCUUUGUUCGGCCUCCUGUCGGAGUCCUCUUCAGCCUUCCCUGGUUUAAGGGUCGUCACAUUUACGUUUUCUCAGCCGCGCUCCUAAUAAACGGACUCAGUAAUAGCAUUUGCUGCAUUUCUGCAAGUUUUCCUGUGCUGUUAGUUUACGUGUUGACCUACGGACUGUCAAUGAGCGUGGUUGGCUCACUGAUGUUCACCGUUUUGAUGGACACUGUGGAAAUGAGUCGAUUUCCUUCUGCUCUUGGCCUGCUGUCUAUCAUGGAGAGCGUCACACUGCUGAUUGGACCUCCACUUGCAGGAUUUCUUGUGGACCGUACCCAACUGUACACAUAUGUGUUCAUGGCCUGCACCAUCAUAGUGGUCUUAUCAGCUCUGUUCCUCAUGUUCACCUUUUACUGGCUGGACUCCCGUGAUGCAGCUAAAAAAGAUUCUCCAGCCAAACCUGCAAUCAAUAUCUCAACAGACUGCCAAUACAGCAGUGUGCCUACAGAUGGAAACAAGACCAAACCAUCAUCAGAAGCAGAAAACACCACCAGCGUAUGAGACCUGGAUCUUGGUUUAUUUACAGUAUGUCUUUUGUAAUUGUGACCAAGGUCUAAUCAGGUACAUAAAAUGUGCUGUUUAGAA